AGGGCGCUUUCGCCAUGCGCCGCCGCGCAGCCCCCGCCGCUGACAGCGCCCGCACAGCGCGGCGGGCGGAGCGCAGCGCAGCGCAGCGCAGCGGGGCCCCUCGGCACCGAGCCCGGCACCGAGCCCGGCACCGAGCCCCGGCACGGCCCGCCCUAAGGAUCUCCCCGGCUGCGACCCGCCGCCCCGUCCCGCUCUGCUGCUCCCUGGCUCUCUCCCUCCUUCCCUUCCCUUCCCUCCUCCUCUCUGCGCUUUCCACCUCCCCUGCUCCUGAGUGAGCGCAGCCUCGGAUGUCCGGUUUCCUGGUGGGUUUUUUACCUGGCAAACUCUGGAUAACUUUGGUGAGAAUUUGCAAAGCGGCUGGGAAAGUUGGGAACUCCCCUGCAGGCGCGUAAGGAGCUGCUGCUACCGCAUCUUCUCCAUCCCACGGAUUUUACUGCCUUGGAUAUUGCGAGGGGAGGGAGGGGGGAGAGGAAAAGAAGGAGCCUCGUAAUUUCGGCCGCAUUCCUGCGACUGCCCCGCUGCGCGGCCGCUCCGCCGUCCCCGCGCCAUGCACUUGCUGGAGGUGCUCUCCCUGAGCUGCUGCCUGGCCGCGGGCGCCGUGCUGCUGGGACCCCGGCAGCCGGCCGCUGCCGCCGCCUACGAGUCCGGCCAGGGCUACUACGAGGAGGAGCCCGACGCGGGGGAGGCGAAGGCUCAUGGAAGCAAAGACCUGGAAGAGCAGUUGAGGUCUGUGUCCAGUGUGGAUGAACUCAUGACAGUGCUUUAUCCAGAAUACUGGAAAAUGUUCAAAUGUCAGCUGAGGAGAGGAGGCUGGCAGCACAACAGGGAACACUCCAGCUUUGACACAAGAUCAGAUGAUUCCCUGAAAUUUGCUGCAGCACACUAUAAUGCAGAGAUCCUGAAAAGUAUUGAUACUGAAUGGAGAAAAACUCAGUGCAUGCCACGUGAAGUGUGUGUGGAUGUGGGAAAAGAGUUUGGAGCAACUACAAACACCUUCUUUAAACCCCCAUGUGUAUCCAUCUACAGAUGUGGAGGUUGCUGCAAUAGUGAAGGACUUCAGUGUAUGAAUAUCAGCACAAAUUACAUCAGCAAGACACUGUUUGAGAUCACGGUGCCUCUGUCCCACGGCCCCAAGCCUGUCACUGUCAGCUUUGCCAACCACACGUCCUGCCGCUGCAUGUCCAAGCUGGAUGUCUACAGACAGGUCCACUCCAUCAUAAGGCGGUCCUUGCCAGCAGCACCAACCCAGUGUCAUGUGGCAAACAAGACCUGUCCGAAAAAUCAUAUUUGGAAUAAUCAAAUUUGCAGAUGUUUGUCACAGCAUGAUUUUGGCUUCUCUUCUCACCUUGGAGAUUCUGACACACCUGAAGGAUUCCACAUCUGUGGACCCAACAAGGAGCUGGAUGAAGAAACCUGCCAGUGUGUCUGCAAAGGAGGCGUGCGUCCCUCCAGCUGUGGACCUCACAAAGAGUUAGACAGAUCAUCGUGCCAGUGCAUGUGCAAAAACAAACUCAUCCCUGCUUCCUGCGGGCCCAACAAGGAGUUUGAUGAGGAAAAGUGCCAGUGUGUAUGUAAAAAGAGCUGCCCUAGACACCAGCCACUAAAUCCUGCAAAAUGCGUCUGUGAAUGUAUAGAAUCUCCCAAUAAAUGCUUCUUGAAAGGAAAAAGGUUCCAUCACCAGACAUGCAGCUGUUACAGACCUCCGUGCACGGUGCGGACGAAACGCUGCGACGCCGGAUUUUCCUUCAGCGAGGAAGUGUGCCGCUGUGUACCUACAUACUGGAAAAGACCACUCCUGAAUUAGCCAAGAGAGCACUGCUUGCCACCUUGGUGUGCAUUUUUUCCAUUAGAGCAAAAGAACAGCAGAAACUUUGCUAAUAUUUGGAAUUAAAUGUUCACCAGAGACCCUGUGGGGCUUUCAGAGACAGACUCGUGCUUUUCUCAAGAUGUGGAAAGCAAAUGUAGAAAACAACUGGGGUUCACGUUUUGUAAAGAACUCAAUAAGGACUUAUUUUCUGUCAAUGACCAAACAGCCUAGGUUUUCCUUCUUGUGAUUUUUUUUUUUAAGAGAUAAUGACUAUAUAAUUUAUUUCCACUAAAACCAUCGUGCAGCAUUUCUGUUUAUAGCAGUAACAAUUGUUAAAGCUCACUGUGAUCAAUAUUUUUAUAUCAUGCAAAAUAUGUUUAAAAUAAAAUGGAAAUCGUAUUAUAUAAUGGUGAGAAUGUUUAAUCAUCUGCCUAAAAUGUUACUCAAAUUCAGCUCUAUUUUCUGGAUUCUUAACAGGGAAAGGAACAGUAAGGAGGAAAGCACUUUUAUGAGGGAAGGUUGCAGACAUUUUCCUGUACCUGUUGUGUUUGCCAUUUGGAAUAGAGUUAUACAGAGGGUUUUGUGAGCCAAUGGUAUUUCUGUCUCUAGAAUGAAAGUAGCAAGGAAGGUACAAUUAAUAACAAGGAGAACAUUGGGGAUUCUGUACGUUGCCCAAGUAUAAAGACUAUGUUUCAAGUGCAGCAGCAACUACUCACAUUCCAAUAUAUUCACCUCCUAUUUUAUUUCUUGGUGUCAUUCCCAAGGAAAAGUAUAAAAUUAUGUCUGUUUAAGGUUAUUAGCAUGAAAGGGCAAAUACCAACUCUGCUUUUUAUUUAGUGUUACAGGCUACAACUAAAUCUUUCAAAAUGCUUUGAUGUGCUUUACCAUUACAUAGUCAAUCAGAUCUCUUGAUCUAUGUGUACAGAUGCAAAUAUAUUUUGAAGGUGAAGAUAUAUCCCAAUGGGGACAUGAAAGGACUUAUACCAGUCUGCUCUGUAUUGACACAGUCUCUACAUUAAAAAUUCAGAAAAUGUGAAAUCAAACAUCUACACUUUUAAAACAAGGUGAGAUUUUUGACUGCAUGAAAAUCACAACCUAUUCAAAAUUAAAAUAUAUCAGAAGCUGGAUGGAAGUUCUUCACUUCCAGAAACUUUGUUGGGUGCAGAGUGGAACAAGCAAAGCUGCAAAGGAAGAUUUUUGUGACAGGAAUAGUCAGAUCUGUAAAAAUAAUUGUUCUGGAUCUAACCAGCUGUUCUUAAAAGAGUAGAUGAAAUAGUAUUGCAUCCUAGAACUUUGACCUGGAAGGGUUGCUUUUCUAUUCUUUGCAUUUCAUAUUUCCUAAAACUGAGUGAAUGUUCCUGCUGAUUACUCAGUCCCAUCGUGGGCUGAGGCAGUCUAACAAGGUGAGAGACUCUUUGGGGCUUCACACUUUCCACUGUCUGCCUGCUAUGUCAGUGUUCUUCCUAAGAGCCAGCUAUUUAUUAUCCAAAUAGCAUAACAGGGUGAAGUUUAGGCAUGCAAAUACUGAACAAUGUCUUUUUUACUACAUUGCUUCAGCAAUCAAACUCAGGUAGCAAUGUGGAUGACAAUUUAACGUUGAUGUACAACUUCAGCUGUUAUAAAGACUCACAUUUUCCAUCAGUAGGAUUAGUAGUCAUGCAAAUCACCAGUGACUAAAUUGCUUAUGUCAACAUAAUAGCUGGAGGUUGAAAAUCAAACUUAAUUCAGUAUUCAAAAAAAUCCAAGCAUCCACUUCUAUAGGUUACCUGCUUGAAGGAAAUUAAAUAACAACUGAAUUACUUCUGUGACUCAAAUUGGCGAACCAAAACCACUACACUUUUAUAAAGACUUGGGAAGAAAAAAAAAAACAAAACACCUUAGGUGAAGAUUUUAAAUUUCCAUCCCAGCACAAUACAGAAGAGGCAGUAAAGAGAAAGACAAACCAAAUCUGGUACCAGGAACAGAGCCUAAGUUUGCAGGUAUCUAAUUAACAGACCAAAAAUGUACUUGUGGUUAAAAAGGAGAAGGGCACAAGUGAAGGCAGAAUAAAAUCCACAUUCCAUCAAGUAAUUCCACAUAGAUUAUAAAAAGUGCAUGUUAAAAUAUUAUGCAAACAAAAAAACCAAACCCUACUAAACUGAGCAAUGAUCAAAUGUCUAAAUAUUUUAAAGGGUUCAUGAAAACAGCUAAUAAACCCAUUGUAGCUAAGAAGGUACUUGCAUUUCUACUGAGUGAGCAUACCACAAUCCAAAAUGGUAAAACUCAUCUGAGCAGGGAAGAGAGG